GGGCUAUGGCUGAUGCUACCCUUCGUAAGAGGAACGCCACGAAAGCCAGUCAAUCAGCCGCGUCCAGCAAUGAUGCUGAAGAUGUAGAGGUUGCUAGUGCAACGUCUGUAACUACUGGCAGACUGGCCUAUCUUGUGUUUAGUAUCAUCGUGGCUGGCUUCUUAUACAUGUACCCAGAUGUCAUCUUGCAACUGUCCGAACAAUGGUUAGGGUCUUCUUAUGUCGAAUCGCCCUUACCAGGUGCCGGAGACCCGCACGCCAUUGACUUGUCCGCCGACAUUGGAAAACGGGAUGCUGUAGUCGAGGCAUUCAAGCAUGCAUGGCUGGCGUAUGAGAGGGACGCGAUGGGAGAUGAUGAAUAUCACCCCAUAAGCCACAAAGGCUCCAAUCUGACAAAGGCCGGGGGAAUCGGGUAUACGGUUGCUGAUUCAAUAGACACCAUGCUUAUCAUGGGCUUGGACGACGAAUACCAGAGAGCAAAGGAGUGGGUCGCUACCAAGCUAUCCUUCGACCGGGACGCAAAUUUCAAUACAUUCGAGACCACUAUCCGAGUUCUGGGAGGUCUCUUGUCGGCAUACCAUCUCUCAGAUGAUCCCGUUUUCUUGGAGAAAGCCGUAGACCUCGGCGACCGAAUCUUAACUACAUUCGACACUCCGUCUGGCCUGCCCUUGACCAUGGUCAACUUGGGACGUCGAGUCGGCGUGGCAGAUCCAGAUUAUCCGGGUUUAGUCAGCACCGCUGAGGUCGCUACACUCCAGCUGGAGUUCCGAUAUCUUACCCUGUUAACGGACGAUGACAUCUACUGGAAGAAAGCCGAAAAGGUCAUGGCCAUAAUCAAGGCCGCUCGAAUGCCUCCUGGCUUGGCUACCAUUUUCAUGAACUAUCAAGAAGGUCGUUUUGUCCCGGCUGCGAUACGCCUGGGGUCGCGCGGGGACUCAUACUAUGAAUAUCUCUUGAAGCAGUAUCUUCAGACCAACCGGACUGAGCACGUAUAUCGAGAGAUGUAUGCCGAUACGAUGGACGCCAUACAUGGACACCUUAUCAAGACAAGUAUGAAUUCCCAUCUCACAUACACAGCCGAGCUUAUACCGGAGCGUAAUAUGAAUGGGGAAUUGUCAUGGCGGCUAACGCCAAAGCAGGAUCAUCUAGUAUGCUUUUUAGGUGGUUCACUGAUGCUUGGUGCGGUGACUACCGAAGCACUAGUCGAUGAAGUGCCUAUCCCGCCUAAAUCGGAGCUAUUGACGAGUCAUGGAAUCCGGGACUGGAAGACUGGUGCCGAGCUUAUCAGGACCUGCAUGGCUACACACGAAACAGCCACAGGUCUUGCUCCCGAGAUCGUACACUUCAGGAUACCAAGCGAUGGCGUGGACUCGAUGUUACAAGGUCAGGCUCCGCAAGAUUGGUAUAUUAAAGGGGCAAGACCGAGACAAUUCCCCCCUCUGGACGCCCGAUAUAUACUCCGUCCCGAGACCGUAGAAUCUCUAUUCCUCGCAUUCCGCGUGACAGGCGACCGCAGGUAUCGUGAGUGGGGCUGGCAAAUAUUCCAAGCAAUCGAGAAGCACUGUCGGAUAGAAACUGGGGGAUAUGCUAGUGUUGUCAAUGUAGACGAACUACCCGUACGACACGAGGAUAAAAUGGAGACUUUCCUUAUGAGCGAAACGUUGAAGUAUCUUUACCUUCUCUUCGCGGACGCCUCCGUAUUGCCCUUAUCCGAUUAUGUGUUCAAUACGGAGGCGCAUCCUUUCCCGGUGUUCAACCCUCCAAUCCGUACAGGAUUUUCUUGAGAUCGGUGCAUUUCUUGAUGCAAAAGUUCUUUGUCGAGGCGCAAUGGCGCCGUUUACUGAUGUUGGUAAUAACCCGCGGACAAAGACCGUCCAUUAUGAUUGCC